AUGCCAACUCACGCAAAUCAUUAUAUCACCAAAGAUUUUGAUAAAUUUCAUGUCGAAAGUUUAGUUCUACGCGUUCAAGAAUCCCACCGGGAUCAAGUAUUAUUCCGAGCAUCCGAAGAUUGGGAGAAACAACUUUCCAGUGAUAUCACCAAUGAUUUAGUCACAAGUUUAAAAGUUCAUCAUGAACAAUUAGUCGAUACCGGUGAUAAAAUAGCCCAAUUGAUUUCCAGAGUUGCAACUGGUACCUGGUCACCUGGUAUUCUUCCGCAAAAUGUCAUAAAGGAUUUGAGUAUCAAUUUCCCAAUUUACAUCUCCGAUUUCUAUGAUCAGUUGGCUGGCUGGUCAAGAGAAAAUGCUUUCGAUCAAGGCGAAGAGAUAAAAAGAAUCGGAAGUGAUGUCAGCUCUUUGGCUCAAUCAAGACGACCUUACGACCCUGCUUUAAGUGGUUUCGAACCCGAACUAACUGGAAAAUUUGCAAAUACUUCUUGGGUUCUGAAUCAAAAUAAACUCAAUUUCGGAAUCAACACGUCAGCCAACAGCCCUCAAUUCAUUGUAGCCGGAAAUGUCUCUGCAGCACCAAUUAGUUCAGUCUAUCGUUAUUUCGGAUUCAUCGAUCAAAAUAAACGUGCUCUAACAAUGAAAGCCGAUGGCUCAGUCGUCAAAGAUCUUUACGAUCUUAAAAACCAUGGUAAAUAUUAUUCAUUGUACAAUAAAAAAUAUAAAGUUCGCCUUGGAGUUUAUGAUGGAAAUGAAAUUCGUUCUGGUAAAAUUGCACAAAAUAGUUGGGAUCGUUCAGCUGUAUUGCUUGUCGAGGAUCCAUUGACUUAUAAUUAUUCUAUUGUUACUUUACCAUUAGUCGCAUGGAAGAAUUCAUCAGGUCAAUUUUUAACACUCACCAACGAUCAACAUGGUGAUUUAUCAUUUACAAAUGGAGAAACAACUCAUGAAGGAGUUGCCCCUAAAUCCGAACAAUUGUUUAUGUUUGUUCCUCAUCCUGGUAAUAUAUGUUUUUGUAAAUCUGUUAUCAUUGGUAAUAAUGGAAAAUACCUUCAAAUUGAUCCGAGUGCACAAUAUUUAGCAUCAAGAUUACCUCAAACAGCCUUGGUCUCAGCAGCUCCACCAGCUGGUAAAGGUUCAAGAAUAAAUAUAUGGAAAGCCGAUCCUUUCGUUAAAUCAAUCGGUAUCAGAUCGCUUUACUUUCCUGGAUCUGAUAUCACCACCGGCCCAACCGACUCACUGCUCAUCACCAGUUCAACUUCUGGACCAAUUGCUCCUGAUGUAAAUGGUGAUUUCCUACUGAAUUUUAUUGAAGACAACUCUCAAACUCCACCACCAUCAGCCGAACAAGUCAAAUUUGAUGUUAUGCACACUUUUGCUGUUGUCAAAUACACUUUUGGUUUAUUAACAGGUGAUCUCGAGUAUCUUGAUGGCAAACCACCAAUUCUUCCUAGACCAUGGGGAAACAAAAAAUUAGUAAUACACCCACAUGCUGGAAUCGAUGCUAACGCAUAUUAUAGUAGAGAGGAGGGAGUGUUGAAAUUCUUCUAUGAACGAAGACCAGGACAAACUCCAAUAUAUCUUUGUCGAUCACUUGAUGUUGUGGCUCAUGAGACAGGUCACGCCUUCCUUGAUAUAAUACAACCGGGUUGGUUGGCUGAUGGUCAGACCGGAGCUCUUCACGAAGCGUUCGGUGAUUUGUGUUCAAUGUUUGUCAUUAUUUCAAUGCCAGAUUUGGUAGAUAAUUUGAUCACUCUUACAAAAUCAAAUCUCAGAGACACUAAUAAUUUCUUAUCAGCUGUUGGUGAAGAAUUUGGCGAGUAUUUGUACAAGAAUAAGGGCAAAGGUUUAAGAAACUUAAUAAAUGAUAUAAGAGGUUCGACAGCUGAAAGUGAAGUACAUGCAAUGUCUUUGGUAUUCAGUGGAUUUAUGUAUGAUGUACUUGUUGAUGUGUUCAACUUGGAAAGAAACCCAGCAAUUAGAAGCGAUGCUCAGACUUUACUUCAAGUAGGAGAAACAUUAAGAAGAGCAUUGUUGAUAGCGCUCAGAGUAUCAUCUAGUCAAGCAACCGAUCAAAAAUUCCAGGAAGUUGCUGUCAAUUUACAAACUGCACUUGGUACACUCGGUAGAAGAAUAAAUGCUGAUUUGAGUGGUUGGGCAGCUUCAGUUAAAAGAAAUGCUGCUGCACGUGAAUUGACCCUUGCUGGUACUGCUGUUAAUUAA